GUACAAGCAUAAGCAUCGCGGCAACCCCAGGCACAUCAGCUUCUACUUACGCUCGUCCGGUUAAACCCUAUCUAGUGCCGGAUCCGUAUAGCCAAUUUCCCGUAGACUACGAGCUGACGUCACUCGGGGACGCUUUCGGAGAUCAAGAGGGAGGACAAUC